AUGUCUCCAACAAGUCCGUUACGGCGAUACAACCCGCUGUCGGUCCUCCGCAACAUCAAUCUCGCCGAUGUGGAUGAGAUCAACAAGACAAUGCACUACCUGGCUCGCUGUUUGGACAAGAGCGGAAAUAUUGCAGGCUCAAGACGGAUUGCGGAGCAAGCUAUGGUAAUGAUAGAUAAGGGACCAGUCCAUCGAAUUGUCACAGCCAUCGAGCGGAAUACCGACUAUCCUCUCCUUAAAAUGGCAGUUGAGCGCUUGCUCGAAGCAAGAGAUCGCAGCCGGCUUGAGAUCUUGGGUGCCAUCUCGGAGAUUGAGCAUCUAGCGGAAGAGAAAGUUUUGAUCAAUCCCACUGUUUGGUUCAAUGAGUACGUUGAGGCUCUUGACCGGUUCUUGGAGCUUCCGCCUCUUCAAUUCGUUGAGCUGCCACUUCACAAACGGAACUCGAAAGAUGAAUGGUCCCCUACCACCAGAUCCAAGAGAUUUUUGUCAGGAGAGACAGUUGUCGCACAAAGCCCCGAGCAAUUCAACACCGAAAAUUCUGCCGAGUGCAGUCCCAACAACCCGAAGAUUGAGUCCAAGCCCGUCCCAAAGCGUCUCCCUAGCCACGCCAGUGCGAACCUAUCAAUCUCGAAUGUCCCCAACUCCAAGAUCCCGCGCACCAAGGCCAGUCCCAGCACUCCCCGUCGAAAGCGCCCAGAACCGAUCUCCCACGAACACACCCUUUCAUCUACACCCGAAGCUACCUCCACCACGCCCAAGAAGCGCGGCAAGUCUCCCAAAGCCUGCAAUGAGUGCCGUCGCCGCAAGAUCAAGUGCUUGAAAGAUGACGGAGAUGAGAGCUGCAUUUCGUGCUUCAAGCUCGGCCGCGAUUGCAUUUUCAGUCCGCCUUCCUCUACAAAGUCGGCUGUGCGUGGUUCGCUGAAGAGAACUGCUACGGAGGAUCUCGUAGAGACUCCUGUCAAGAAGCGAGCAUCCAAUGGAAAUUCGAAGAUCACAAUGAAAAAUAUCUUGCACGAGUUCGACGAUAUCAAGGAAGGACAAGCCCUUGGAAUUAUUUCAGACGCUGACGAUGAGGACUCUGGCAGAAGCACAGAGGAAUCUGCGGAAGUAUUGGAGGUCAGCAAGGACUUGCCAUUUCCAUCUGAUCCUGAGGAUUUCGAGUACAAUCCAAACAAGCGAGUUCGUCGUGGAAGGAGAGAAGGAUCCAAGUCGAUUCGGAAGCAGUCGGCUCCCGUUGCUGAGUAGAUAGGACAUUGGCAAGCCGCCCUACUUAGAAUUUUCAGCUGGGACCUUGGUUAGCUUCAAAAGUUCUCUCCUGCAUAUGACUGAGGAAAUAUCUUUCGUGUUACCCUUUCUACAGUUGGUUUGAGACUUGGCGGGAAGGAAAGAACGCUCGGAGGAGUCAUGGCAUUGGGAGUUUUGACCAUGAUCGACUGCGUCCUCCUCUAGGCAAGUG